UAUGGCAGAGGGAACAGCGCUGGAAUGCCAGCCCCCAACAAGCCUGAUUCGAGGAGAUCUGCAUCUGCGUGUCAUUCAGGCUCCCGGCUGCAGUCCUGCUAAGCAGACUCAGCCAGGCUUUUUGUUGUCGUCUUUGCCGUUUUUGAGCAGUUACCCAACAGCAUUUUGCUUUGAAGUCUUCCAAAUAAAGAUUAUGUAUGUAGUUGAGUCUUCCUUCAACUCAGUUUGGGUAACCUUUUAGAUUGGUGCUCUUUCCCUCUCCCAAAGCAAAGAGAUAUUCCUCCUUCCCCUCAAAAAGAAAUGUGCUAAAGCAUUCAUCUCCAGUUUGCACAACGUGAAGCUGAAAGUGGGGCAUUUCAAGUUUUAAGACACAUUGCAGGCUGGCUGAAGUUUGGAGCAUGGCUACCAGCAAUGGCAACAACGACUUUGCCAUUAUGAGCAAUGGUGGCAUCCCAUCUAAUGUGACAAGUCAUGAUCUCCUCUCAACCAGUGAUGGCACUGCCACGAUCCCCAACCUCCACACUAAGGAAACCCCAAGAGGAAAAGUGAGUGCAAAUGGAUGCCUUCAACUUAAUGGCAUGCUAAAAGCAUCCUUCCUGCCUGCAGAUGACCAAAGGACUCCCCAGGUGUUGUCACAGUGUCACCUUUGCCAAUAUCAUCACCCACUGAAUCACCAUAGUAAUCAACAAGAAUGCCUUUCCCUGGCUGGCAAUGCGGCAACAUCUCCAUUGACUUCCUGUUGCCCAAACCCUCAUACUGAAUACUCAGCAUCUGCUUGCCAAAACCAUGCACCCUUGUACCAGACCGCUUGCUGCCUCCAGUCUUCACCUUCAUUCUGCCUACAUCAUCAAUGGCCUGAACAUUUUCAACACCAGCCUGUUCAACAGCAUAUAACCAGUAUACGGCCAGCCAGAACGUUAACAUUGCCAAAAAGCUAUGCAGCUUUGAUAGCUGAUUGGCCUGUGGUGGUUUUGGGCAUGUGUACUGUGCUAAUUGUGGUCUGUGCAUUGGUUGGAAUACUAGUCCCAGAUCUUCCAGAUUUCUCUGAUCCAUUAUUGGGUUUUGAGCCAAGAGGAACUGCUAUAGGGCAGAGGUUGGUGACGUGGAACAAUAUGGUGAAAAACACAGGCUACAAAGCAACCUUAGCAAACUAUCCUUUUAAAUAUGCAGAUGAACAGGCUAAGAGCCAUCGAGAUGACAGAUGGUCAGACGACCACUAUGAAAGAGAGAAAAGGGAGGCAGACUGGAAUUUCCACAAAGACAGCUUUUUCUGUGACAUUCCAAGUGAUCGCUAUUCAAGAGUUGUAUUUACAUCAGCUGAUGGAGAGAAUUUAUGGAAUUUACCAGCAAUAAAAUCAAUGUGCAAUAUAGAUAAUUCGAGGAUACGGUCUCAUUUUCAGUUUGGUUAUCUCUGCCAGAGGACCACUGAUGCUUCAUGUUGUCCCAGCUGGACUCUAGGCAAUUAUAUUGCCAUUCUGAACAACAGGUCAUCCUGUCAAAAAAUUGUAGAAAGAGAUGUCUCUCACACUCUGAAGCUGCUCCGUACGUGUGCCAAAUACUACUACAAUGGGACGCUUGGGCCAGACUGCUGGGAUAUGGCCGCCAGGAGGAAGGACCAACUCAAGUGUACAAAUGUUCCUCGUAAAUGUACGAAGUACAACGCUGUUUACCAGAUUCUCCACUACCUAGUGGACAAAGAUUUCCUAAGCCCAAAGCUCACAGACUAUGUCUCACCAGCUUUAAAGUACAGCAUGCUCUUUUCGCCUACCGAAAAAGGGGAAAGCAUGAUGAAUAUCUACUUGGAUAAGUUUGAGAACUGGAACUGUUCUGAUGGGAUCACCACCAUCACAGGGAUUGAGUUUGGAAUCAAACAUAGCUUAUUCCAAGAUUACCUUUUAAUGGAUACUGUGUAUCCUGGGAUCGCCAUUGUGAUUGUUCUUUUUGUCAUGUGCAUAUAUACCAAGUCCAUGUUUAUCACACUCAUGACCAUGUUUGCCAUAAUUAGUUCGUUGAUUGUUUCUUACUUCCUCUACCGGGUAGUAUUUAAUUUUGAAUUUUUCCCCUUUAUGAACCUCACUGCACUGAUAAUUCUUGUUGGUAUUGGGGCGGAUGAUGCUUUUGUCUUGUGUGAUGUAUGGAAUUACACAAAAUUUGAUAAAUCUCAAGCUGCAACGUCAGAAACAGUCAGCAUCACCUUACAACAUGCUGCCCUUUCCAUGUUUGUCACCAGUUUCACCACCGCCGCUGCCUUUUAUGCCAAUUAUGUCAGCAAUAUCACAGCAAUCAGGUGUUUUGGUGUGUAUGCUGGCACCGCCAUAUUGGUGAAUUAUGUUCUGAUGGUAACAUGGUUGCCUGCAGUUGUCGUGUUACACGAACGGUACUUGCUCAAUAUAUUUAGCUGCUUCAGGAAGUCUCAGACAAGGGGCUACAGUAACAAAAGCUGCUGGACAGUUCUGUGCCAAAUGUUCCACAAGGUUGUUUUUGCAGGCUCAGAAGCAUCUAGGAUAUUUUUUGAAAAGGUAUUGCCAUGUAUUGUUAUAAAAUUUCGUUAUAUUUGGUUAGUCUGGUUCUUGGCCUUAACUGUUGGGGGUGCUUAUAUAGUGUGCGUGAAUCCAAAGAUGAAGCUUCCCUCUCUGGAACUCUCAGAAUUUCAAGUGUUCAGGUCUUCUCAUCCGUUUGAACGUUAUGAUGCAGAGUUCAGGAAACUUUUUAUGUUUGAGCGUGUUCAUCAUGGAGAAGAGCUCCAUAUGCCCAUCACUAUCAUCUGGGGAGUCUCUCCUGAAGACAACGGAGACCCCCUAAACCCUAAAAGUAAAGGGAAACUAAAAUUAGACAGCUCCUUCAAUAUUGCAAGCCCAGAUUCACAGCUGUGGAUUUUGAAGUUUUGCCAGAAGCUGAGAAACCAGACUUUUUAUUAUCAAACAGAAGAACAAGACUUCACAAGCUGCUUUAUUGAGACGUUUAAGCAGUGGAUGGAAAAUCAGGACUGUGAUGAACCAGCCCUUUACCCCUGCUGCAGUCAUUGGAGCUUCCCCUACAAACAGGAGAUUUUUGAGUUAUGCAUCAAGAGGGCCAUCAUGGAGCUUGAAAGAAGUACAGGGUACCAUUUAGACAGCAAAACCCCUGGGCCUCGUUUUGACAUAAAUGAUACCAUCAGAGCAGUGGUACUGGAGUUCCAAAGCACCUACCUCUUCACCUUGGCAUAUGAGAAGAUGCAUCAGUUCUACCAAGAGGUGGAUUCCUGGAUUUCACAUGAGCUCAGUACUGCUCCCGAGGGGCUUAGCAAUGGCUGGUUUGUGAGCAAUCUAGAGUUCUAUGACCUCCAGGACAGUCUUUCUGAUGGUACUUUGAUUGCCAUGGGUCUUUCAGUUGCUGUAGCAUUCAGCGUAAUGUUACUUACAACUUGGAAUAUCAUAAUAAGCCUUUAUGCAAUAGUCUCAAUAGCAGGAACCAUUUUUGUUACUGUAGGAUCUCUGGUUCUUCUGGGUUGGGAACUCAACGUUUUGGAGUCUGUCACCAUUUCUGUUGCUGUUGGAUUAUCUGUUGACUUUGCUGUCCAUUAUGGAGUUGCUUACCGCUUGGCUCCAGAUCCUGACAGAGAAGGGAAAGUCAUCUUCUCCUUAAGUCGCAUGGGCUCAGCAAUUGCAAUGGCAGCCCUGACCACAUUUGUAGCGGGAGCCAUGAUGAUGCCUUCCACAGUUUUGGCAUAUACUCAGCUUGGCACCUUCAUGAUGCUUAUAAUGUGCAUCAGCUGGGCCUUUGCAACUUUCUUCUUCCAGUGCAUGUGCCGUUGCCUUGGCCCCCAAGGAACUUUUGGACAGAUUCCUCUGCCGAAAAGAUUUCAGUGCAGUGCCUUUUCCCAGGCAUUGUCGGGAAACAAAGAUGGGGAGGAAAACAAAUACCACUUGGACCCUAGAAGCAAAAAAUCAGACAAGGAGCGUGAGCAUGAGCAUUAUGAGCUGGAGCCUUUAGCAUGCCAGACCAAUAACUGCACUCCCUCUGAGAAGAGAGCCUUUGAAGAGACGCACAUCUGCUCUGAGCUCUUCAACGGUAGGCUUACAAAUGCCCAUGCUCUUCCCCAGUUGGCGUAUAGCGACGAAAUGAACAUGAAUGCUAAAAGUGAAUCCAGCCCAGCCAUGGUACCUUCUGAUGAGCAGGACCCCACUUGCCAGCUGAUGUGUCAAAACCAGCAGUGCAUUUGCUCCGACGCAUAUAAAGCCUUGGGUAUGAAAUGGAGUCCCCGCUCAUGUCAGCAGUUAAAUGAAACCUUAUGCUUUCGCUGUUCUCUUUCGUCUGGAAACAUGCAGACCCAGAAUAAUUUGGUCCCUCUAAAUGUCUUGCCUCGCUCUUCUGAUGGCUACAUUAACACUGUUCAGCAUGUUCUCCACUGUAACUGUCUACAAGGCAGGUUAAAAAGGCCGCCAGUUCAGAAUUCACUCCCGAAAAACAUUUUUCUUCAUUCCGCACACCAUUUUCAAUCCCGCAGUCUUCCUAACACUGAAGAGAACUUAAGAACCCUUCCAAAAGAGACAAACUCUUCCCCAUUCCCUUGCAGAAGUGCUGGUUCAGUCACGAAACCUUGUGAAAAAGAGAACCACCUGUCUAAGAACCAAAAGGGGCUCUGUAAUAGUUGCAGAGGGAAGCGGGAUGUAAGAGUUGCAGAGGUAAAUAGAAAUGAAAAUGGAAUAUCUGCAUCUAAGCAAAACAGGCAAACUGAAGGAGAGGGCAUCCAGGACGUACCACAAAGUACUCCCAGCACUAAAUUGCAUCAGAAUGAGAUUAAGGGUAUAGAAAGCAGUAGAGCAUCAGAAGCUGGCUUUGAGUCUUGCCCUGAAAAUUCACAGUAUUGUAACAGAACCAUAAUGAUCAAGUGCAAUUCUGUUGAGUGUCAUAUGCCAAACACUGAAGCCCAUGUGCCUGCUCUGUUAGCACACCCUGAACUUUCCAAUGAAAGUUUGCUAAUAAAAACACUAUAAUUAAUCUUAAA